AUGAAUGAUGAUUGUUCACAAACUAAAACUAAUUCUGAUAUACCUACAACCCAACAGAGUUCGGACAUACAAUUAAAUAACAAUUUAAACUGUUCACAAUCCACUUCUUAUGAAAUACCAGAUAAAGCUUUGCCGCGGGUAGAAGUUGAUUUAUUUUCUGAUUCUGAUAAAGAUUCUAUUAAUUCAGAUAAAUUUAAUUAUGAAGAAAUUAACAUUACUUCGGAAAAUGACGAAUUGGAAACAAAUAGUGUUGAACAUUCAGAUGACCCAAGUGACUGGCCACUAAAAUUAACCGACUCAAUUCGAAUAUCACUUAUAAAAAAAGGGCCUGUGCAAAUUAAAAAUUAUUCUUUUCCGAAAAACCAAUUAAGUAGGAAAUNUAAAAAUUAUUCUUUUCCGAAAAACCAAUUAAAUAGGAAAUUUUCUGAUGCUUAUUAUCAACGAAUUUUGAAUAAUGGAGAAAAAAUAGAAAGAUCCUGUUUUAAAAAAGAUUCAGGUAUGGUCUCUGAAUGUGGAUAUAACGAUUGGCGUAAUUUAACAGGCCAUUUAAAAAUUCACGAAACCUCAAAAACAAACAUUCUUCAUUUUUCAACUUGGCACGAAAUGGUUAUAAAAUUAAAAUUAAAUCAAACUAUUGAUUCUCAUAAUCAACGUAAAAUAGAAUCUGAAAUAAAACAUUGGAGGUCCUCAAAUUCAAAAUGA